AUGGCUACACCAAAGCAGGCCACAUGGCUAGUAAGGAAAAUAUUCGAUGCCAGGAAAUGGAGGCCGAAUCUGGACGACCUCGACAAAUUUUCAGUAGGAGGCAAAUUCAGCAUUAAACAGGCUUACCAGGCUUCUAUUCCUCAAUACCCAAAAGUCCAAUGGAAAACACUGGUUCUUCUAAAAGGUCCCAUACCCAGACAACAAUUUAUUCUCUGGAUGGCAAUCCAGAAUAGGCUGGCUACAACUGAUAGACUGGCUCAUUGGGGGAUACAAGUUGAUCCAAUAUGCAAGCUAUGUACGAUUGGCGCCACUGAAAACCAUCGACACCUGUUCUUUGAAUGUUCGUAUUCCAAGUUUAUUUGGCAGACCUUACUACAUUGGAUGGAGAUCCAAAGGCCAAUAGGGGACUGGAACACGGAGGUUCAGUGGAUGGCAAAACGAGUGAACAACAAGAAUCCUAAGUGGACGAUAUUGGGAUUUGUUUUUACAGCUACUGUCUAUCAUGUUUGGAGAGAAAGAAAUGCUAGACGAUUCCAACAAACAAGCAGGAGCAGUAUGGAUAGAACGAGAGAAAUAGCACUGCAAAUACAUAUUGCAGGCCAACAGUAUUGUGAAAGUUUAGCUAGUGGACAGUAG